AGUCAUAAAAAGAAAUAGAAUAAAGCAUAUUUAUAAUUUAAGCGGAGAAGAAAACUGAAUCGGAAAAAGAGAUCUGAAAAUAAAGGUUUUCUCUCAUCAUCCUGAUUUCUCCUUUUCUUUCUUCCAAACGGGACUGUUGUUUGGAAAGAAAGAAAGCAAAAGAAGAUCAAGUGGCUGACUGACUUUUGAGAAAAAAAAUGGAUCUGUGGGCUGUCCACUUGAAGAACGCAAACCCUGGGAAUCCUCCUGCUUCUGCUUCUUUGUUGUUGAAGAGGAAUUCGAUUCCUGAAAGACCCAAUUCUUGUAAGGUUUCCAACUUCGGAGUUCUUUCGAUCGGGGUUUCAAGAACAUGCCUCCCUUCAUCUUCCAUUCGUUCUUUCACCGUUACGUCUAUGGCUAAGAACAAUAAUCACGACAAUUCAUCAUCCCCUUCUUCUGGAAAUGGUGAUCAAUCUAUUCCUGACCGGGACAGUUCAAGAAGAAAUAAUUCUUCAGACAGCAAUAAAUCUAAUGGCGAUGCUUCUCAGAAGUUCCUUGAUGUAAACACAAACUGGAGAGAGUUCAGAGCAAUGCUAUAUAACAACUACCAGGUGGAAAAGACAGAUUCCGUUGCUCAAGGUGGGACACCUCAUGUGUCAAAACCUCUUGGCCCGAAAUGGGCUCACCCACUUUCAGUGCCGGAGACUGGCUGUGUUCUUCUUGCCACUGAGAAGCUUGAUGGAGUUCGCACCUUUGAACGCACGGUGGUUCUCCUUCUCAGAUCUGGAACCAGACAUCCACAAGAAGGGCCAUUUGGGGUUGUUAUCAACCGCCCACUUCACAAGAAGAUCAAACACAUGAAACCCAAUAAUAAUGAAUUAGCCACUACUUUUGCUGACUGUUCCCUGCACUUUGGGGGGCCUCUUGAAGCGAGUAUGUUUCUUUUAAAAGUGGGAAAAAAGUCGAAGAUUGGUGGGUUCGAAGAGGUGAUUCCUGGCCUCUGUUUCGGUGCUCGAAAUAGUUUGGACGAAGCUGCAGAGCUGGUGAAGAGAGGAACACUCAAGUCAGAGGAUUUCAAGUUCUUCGUGGGGUAUGCAGGAUGGCAGCUGGAUCAGUUGAGAGAGGAAAUCGAAUCAGAUUAUUGGCAUGUGGCUGCAUGUAGCCCGAAUCUGAUAUUCGGAGAUUCAUCUGACAGUUGGUCAGAAAGCUUGUGGAAGGAGAUUUUGCAGGAAAUGGGUGGUCACUACUCAGAAUUAAGCAGGAAGCCUAAGCAAGAUAUAUAGUGGGGGGUACCUAACAGGUAAAAAUGUAAUGACCUUAUGGAUGAAUAUAGAACUAAGAAGUUGGGUAUUGAAUCAGGUAUUUCUGAAACUAUAGAUGUACAUAAUAUUAUUAACUGCCUUCUUUAGUCAA